GUUUUGGCUUAACUGGGUUGGGAAAAAGAACAACGAGACUAAACGAAGAAACGAAGAUGGCGUCAGCUCCUGGUGGGUUUCGGUCACGGUCUUUUAUUUUCUAAUUUUGCACGAAUCCAUUAGCUAUUGUUGCAUAUCGAAAGAAAGUAAAUGUAUUUCUGCAUAGUUACAUCAAUUUUAUAAUCCAAUAUUCUAGUCUAAUGCGAACGUUUAAAUAUGUACAGUAGUCGGUAGCUAGCUACUAAGCUAGCUAGUAGUAGUAGCUAGCCAUCCAAAUUGACCCGUUUGGGGAAUUGACCAGUUUUCUAUAGUAGCUAGCUUAGCUAGAAUUUAGGGCAGUAGGCCCUAACUAGCCACGAUGCCGCGCCGAGGGGUGUAAAUUCACCACGCACGUAUAUCUGCUUUGUUAAUUCGUGCCUGUGUGUAUGCAUUUCCGUUGGUCAUGCGGCCUUGCUAAUCUAGCCACACAUCGUUGUUUCUUUGUCUGCAAAUUGAAACGUGUGGCUAGUUAAACCACAAAAAGUUAACUAACAUGAGCCAGCUAACGUUAACUACCGUAGUUAUGCACGCAAAGGCGGGGAUGUCCCCCACAACACAACGUCGGCAAACAACGGCCUCUAGUCGGACCUUACUUAAGAGUGAAUAGCAGGAAUGCUUUGUAUUUUUUCAAGGUCUGUUGAACUUGAAAUACUUUCCAUUGUGUGCCAUGGUUGGCAAUGCCAAAGGUUUACACAAUAUUAUUGUCGAGUGAACAUGAGCAGUUGCUUCUCAUGAGUCCAAAACUGAAUGUGAUACUAGGACUGUUUUUGAAAGUUAGGCCUAGACUAGUCAUUUAUUUUGUCAUUUUCUUUUAAAGAUUACAGUUCCUACAACCAGGCCAGUGCCCAGCAGGGGUAAGUCUUUCUACAUGUGUUUUGUGCUACCAGGACGAGUGUUUGUGUAAUUAGACACCAACAUCAGAGAUGAGUACUGAAUGAAUGCUCUUGUGUCUCUGCAGGUAUGGAUCCUAUGCUGCUCAGCCCUCACAGGCCUAUGGACAAUCUGCCCAGGUGAGUGUUAUUAGAAGUCCAUUUAUAAAUUACUCAAACUGGAAUAAUGGUCAGUGACCCACAUUAUGCCCUGAUCUCAUGACAUGUUUACAUACAGCUUGACCUAAAGCACAGGAAACUUUUAUUUAUUUUAAUUUAUUUCACCUUUUAUUUAACCAGGUAAGCCAGUUGAGAACAAGUUCUCAUUUACAACUGCGACCUUGCCAAGAUAAAGCAAAGCAGUGCGAUUUAAAAACAACAACACAGUUGCAUAUGGGGGUAAACAAAACAUAAAGUCAAAAAUACCACAGAAAAUAUAUAUACAGUGUGUGCAGAUGUAGCAAGUUAUGGAGGUAAGGCAAUAAAUAGGCCAUAGUGCAAAAUAAUUACAAUUAGUAUUAACACUGGAAUGAUAGAUGUGCAAAUAGAGAUACUGGGUUGCAAAAUAAAUAACAAUAUGGGGAUGAGGUAGUUGGGUGGGCUAAUUUCAGAAGGGCUGUGAACAGGUGCAGUGUAAGGUAAGGUGCUCUGACAACUGAUGCUUAAAGUUAGUGAGGGAGAUGAGUCUCCAGCUUCAGAGAUUUUUGCAGUUCUUGUCUGCUUUCACAAGGUACUUAUUCUUCUAUAGACUAAUAUCUUAUGGCCUUCUGUAUUUCAGCAGGGUUAUAGCCAGCAAGCAUAUGGGUCCUAUGCCCAACCAGCUGCAGCUGAGACCGGUUACCCUCAGGCAGCACCCUCUGCUGGCGGCUAUGCACAGCAGCAGUAUGGUUCCUCCUAUGGGCAACCAGCAUCAGGUCAGUUCAGAGGGACCAAAAUGUUUGGCCAACUGUAUUUUUUGGGGAAGGGAGUGAGAAUUCUCCAUCAAAUGCCUCUAACCAUUCACCAUGUGUAAUGUGAACAUUUUCUCCUCUAUUGCUAUCACGUUCCAGCUGGGAAUAAAACAGGUUUGACACAAUUCCUUUUUUUCAUGCAUCUCCAUCCAUUUCAUGACAUUUAGGCAAAGUCUUCAAUGGCUUGAUGGAUUGAUCCAUAUAAUAUACAGUAUUUAGAAUCCUAUGUAGUUAGUAGACUAGUUGAACCCGGGACAUGCUACAUUUCUUUCUCAUCCUGAAUCAUGAUUGUAACAGACAUGUUAGUGAUACAAGACGAUAGUCCCUUCAUAAUAUUAUUAAUCUAACAAUAUCUAACACUUAUUCUAAUACUUUUAAUCACACAAUGGUAUUCUUCUUUGCCAUAAUAUUCUUCAUCAGUUUUCCUCCAGAGUGGUAUAGAGUAAUCCAAAUAAGCAACCGAUUGCUUCGUUCAUUUGUGUAGUUCAGCCUCUGGUCUAAAAUCCCAACAGUGUGUACCUGGAAUUAUCCAUCUAAACCUUUUUUUUGGUUUUAGUUAAACCAUCUCCUCUUUUGUCCACAGCUGGGUACCCUGCUGCCCAGCCCAGUGCCCAUGGCUACUCCCAGCCCGCUGCGGGCUAUGGAGCCAGUGGAUAUGAAAGUGCUGCUGCUGCUGCUCCCGCUGCCUCUCAGCCAUCCUAUGCGUCCCAGCCAGGCUAUGCAGCCCAGUCUGCCUACGCUGGCUACAGCCAGCAGCCUGCCUCCACUGCACCUCAGAGGUAGGCUAACUAGUGGUACAUGAGGGGUACUAGUGUUACAUUAGGACAUGAGGGGUACACUACAAAGCAGGAUCAAGGAGUUAGCCAGCUAACUUGCCUAUUUGUAUAACUUUUUAUUUUGUAGAAAGGUAAGCUUGAAAUGGGCAUGGUCUAAUUUGAUUUAACAAACUAAAAUGCGUAUCUAAGUUGAGCUAUUUUUGAUAAUCAUAAAAUCAAUAGUUAUUUCUGGUUGCUUAUCAAAGUUAGCUGGCUAACUCAUUGAUUUGGCUUUGUAGUAUAUCCGUCUGGGUGUAAUGGAGGUAGUGAUGCAGUGAAUGUUACACAAUAUUUUGUUGAUAGUUUAUUUUCAGUAGUAGACAAGUUGCAGCUGUCAACCUAUAAGAACCAUCUACUGUGUAGAGAGAGUUGUGUAGCACUCUUUGACUCGUUCAAUCCCUGCCUGUCCCUAAUCACUUUAGUUACAGUGCCAGCAGCCAGCCCGCUGGCUACAGCCAGAGCAGCUACUCCCAGCCAGGUGGAUAUGCCGCGCCGCAGAGUGGGUACCAGGCCCAGCAGGGAGGCUAUGGGCAGCAGCAGAGUGGAUACCAGCAGCAGCCCCCACCGCAGCAACAGACUCCUGCUGCGGGCUAUCCCCCUCAGGCCUCGGGCUCCUAUGGGCAGCCUGCAGCCAGCCAGUAUGGACAACAGAGUGGACCUCAAAGUGGUUACAACCAGUCAAGCCAUUACAGUAAGAGCAGCAGUCUCCUGUUAUUUUAACACCUACACCAUCAUUGCAAUAUGCCUACCUACUAGUUAUAGUCAUGUGAUGUUCCCUCCUUUUCCCCUAACCUUGUUGUUAUGCUAUUCUGUAGAUAACUAUGGACAGGAGGGCAGAGGCAGCUCUGGCUAUUCUGGCUCUGAGCCUGCUGGGUUCCCAGGGUCAGGGGAGAGCCGUGGGCCUCCCAGGGAUGGCUAUGACAGGGGCGGCAUGAUGCACGGUGGCCGGGGCCGUGGGGGCAUGGGCCGUGGAGGCAUGGGGUAAGUGACUCUCCUUAUUGCUUAAUUUAACCUCCAUCCACUCUCACAAGUGCUGCGUCCAGGCUGAGCAGGGCUGAGUCUGAAGUUUCCCUAAAACAUAAGUGGGUCCCGAGUUAUAACCCUACAAAAGGAUAACAGACAUCUAACUUAUUAGUGGGGAAAGUCAAACUGUUGUUCACUUUCGUGUAAAAUUUAAAGAUCUAAUGCCUACCUAAAAGUUAAAUCAAGGGACCCUCCAUGAAUGGGUACUAACUCUCAGCCCUGCCAUAGUGGCCAAAGGUAAGAAGGGAAUAUGUUUUCAUGAAUCAAAGAGCUGGGACUGACGUGUGAACAGAGAGCUGGACUUCUAAACUAUUCAAUCAGAUAUCCUUUGUUGCUGUACCGCAGCAACACAGAUGUAUAUCAUCCAUAGCAUUGAUUAUGGUCCAUCUAUUCACAAGGCUUCACAGGGUCACUGCUGCAGGUUUCAAUCAUUAGGUGGGCUCACCUCACCUUUUUAAAUGAUUGCUUUGAGGUUAAUUACAUUUUUAAGAUGGUUUAAGAAGGUACCAUUUUCAUGGGUGUUUAAUCCGUCCUCUGGUUUUCCUUUUAAAAAGCUGACCCAGGAGGUACACUUUUGAGUAUGCACUAUGGAAGUUUAGUUAACUGAUAACCUCACAUUUUGGCUUGUGUUGACUAUUGUUUAUAUAAAGGUAUUAUUUCAGAUUCAUCAAUGACUUGCCUCAUGAAACCACAAAAUAAUCUUUAAGCUAGCAAACCUUUGCAAUAAAAGACAAGCUUUUUUCUCAUUGAUAUUGAGAGGUGUGCCCCUUUCUGUCCAAUUAGGUAAUUUGGCCAUUUAGGGGACCCUUUUUGGCUCACGACCCCCCCUGGGGCCGAACUUUUAAAAUAACUUGUUGUUUAAUAAGCAAGAUGCAUUGAUUGCUUAUACCAACACAAUUUUUUUUCAUAUUAAGUUGAGGUCGAUGCACGUUUGAGUUUUUUUCUGGAAACCCAAUGAAGUACAUUUCUUCAGGGCACAUCCAUGCAGAACUAAAGUUAUCCCCCUUAUAGGUUGUUGGUACCGUACUUGCCACCUGUAGCCUUUCAUGUUUGGUUAAAGCUUUCUGGGCAUUAUGAUAGGACCUCUAGAGUUUGAGUCAAGGUUGAUUCCAUUUGAGUAUCAGACAGCUCAAGGUAAUAUCCCUGUAACAAUAAAAAAAGGGUUGUUCACUAGGUCACACCAGACUCCUAUCAUGUUCAAUUGUGUUUUGCCCAUAGGCUUAUAUUACAUUAAUAGGUUAUUCAGUACAUGGCUGUGUGUUUGCCCUAAAAUGAUCAUCAAAGUAAAUAAUACUGCUCUGCCAACAGCACAAUAUUUCAUUAAUUACAUUUCUUAGCCUCAAUUAGAUAGUUAUUGAAUUAGUCCUGUUUUUAAAGUUGAAAGUAUAUCGCAACCCUAGCUCUCAGUUGACAUUGCUUAAAGUAGUCAAAUGUAGCAUUUGUCAUACAUAUGUAACUCAUGCAUGCAUUUACUUUCAUACAGGAUAGCAUUUUGGGCAAAAUGUUUUGGGACUGGUUUCCCAGACUCCGAUUAAGCCUAGUCUCCUGAAAAGAAUGCUGGGAAUGCUUUUUACUCUUUGGACUAGGCUUAAUCUGUGUCUGGAAAACCACCCCCUUAUGUGUGUGUUUUUGAAAUGUGGUUUGGAUUACAAAUGUUUUGUUUAAUCAAAUGAACAACUUUUUUUAACAUGCUUUGUCACAUUUACGCUACAGGUAACACAGUGAGAGCCAUGUAAACCCAGCUAUAUUCUAUUAAGUACCUGUACUCAAUAAAGCCAGCAUCUUAAACAACAAAGGGGUUAAACCACAGAGAUUCGGGUUCUGCCUUAAAUCCAAGAGAUGAGGAUUGUGGUGUCUAAAGCGUGCUGGGAAACUCUAAAAUUAUUAUUAUACUAUACAAAUGUAACUUAUUACUUUUACCUCUGAACAUUGUAACUUGGUCAAAUUAAAUUCUGUAUUUAUUAGAAUUGUGUAACUUCAAUUCGUCUUUGUAAAAUAAUGUACAUGGAUGGUGUUUUUUUGUUUGUUUCAAUUUCAAAGGUGACUAUCACCUGUUUGUAAUAUUUCAGAUCCACUGCAUUUGACAAUUUAAAAUCAUUUUUCUUUACUUUACUUGUAUAGCUGUUUGCUUCAACUGUAAAGUGGACAUAAUGCUCUAGAGCCUUCCACAUAUUUAAAUGUAAGUUCUCUCGUCAGCAUUGUAUUAUCUUCAGGCUAGACAUUUAGCCUUUUUGUCUACAUAUGGAAUGCAUCUGAAAUCAUUUUCCUUUGUAACAAAUACCUGGGAUUCUGUCCCAUAUUUCCCAAACGUAACUGAGAUUUAACACCCCUUGGAUAGCUCCAAACUAGCCAGUAUCUGCUAUCGAAUGCUGUCAUUAAGAAGCCAUUUAGUAAAGGAAUCAUGCCACGUAGUUGCUGUUAAUACCUUAAUUCCCAAUUAACUGGAUUGCAUAGACUGUAAAGGCAUGUUGGGGGUUGUUAAAUGAGCUAGUCAGAACUGUGUCCGUCAACCUCACCAAACGAGCCACGAGGCUCCAAACAUGGAAGUGGCUGUUAAAAGGGAAAUCGACUUCAUAUCUCCAUUUAUUCCCCCAUAGCGUCGCCGGAGACAGAGGUGGCUUCAAUAAGCCUGGUGGUAAGUUAACGAGUAUUACACUGGCUAGUCCACUCCAGACCUUUACCUAUUAGAGCAUGUACGCUCUGAGCAUUUACCUAAGCCCUUACAUUACAUUGGUGUGUGUAGCGUUUUUUGGGUAGCCAAAUAUGUGUAUAUAUACAUACAUACAUACAUGUGACUAUUAGGAUGGAUGGAAAUAGAGGGGGAUCCAGUUUAAAUGUCUGAGACAACUGUUUGGAAAGGGGUACUUUUAACUCAUUUUGGUUCAUCACUCACUGCUUAAGGUAACCUUGAAAAGCAAGGUACUCUUAUUUUACAAUGACAAGUUAAUGACAAAUAACUGCUGCUAAGAAACGUGUCUGGUUUUGAAAAAUGGUUUUGCAUUUACAAUUUCAUGGAGCCAAACCCCUGGUAUUUUUUGGAACUAUCUGUGGUGUCAUAAGAACUUUUCUUAUGGCACACAUUUUUAUAUACGAAAGGGUCAGGUUUUAUUUUACAAAAUUAUCAAUAUACACUCAGUUGCCAGUUUAUUAGCUACACCCAUCUAGUACUGGGUCGGACCCCCCUUUGCCUCCAGAAAUACCUGAAUUCUUCAGGGCAUGGAAACGUUGCUCAGUUGGUAUCAAGGGACCUAACGUGUGCCAGGAAAACAUUCCCCACACCAUUGACACCAGGCAGGAUGGGGCCAUGGACUCAUGCUGAUUACACCAAAUCCUGACUCUGCCAUCAGCAUGAUGCAACAGGAACUGGGUUUCGUCAGACCUGGCAAUGUUUUUCCACUCCUCAAUUGUCCAGUUUUGGGGAUGGCGUACCCACUGGAGAAGCUUCUUGUUUUUAGCUGAUGGGAGUGGAACCCUGGUGUGGUCGUCUGUUGCAAUAGCCCAACCGUGGCAAGGACCGACUAGUUGUGUGUUCUGAGAUGCCUUUCUGCACACCACUGUUGUAUUGCACCGUUAUUUGCGGCCCGCCUGUUAGCUUGCAUGAUUCUUGCCAUUCUCCUUCGACCUCAAAGAGCUGUUUUCGCCACAGGACUGCCGCCAACAAUGUUUUUUGUUUGUCACAUCAUUCUCGGUAAACCCUAGACAUUGUCGUGCGUGAAAAGCCCAGUAUGCCGGCCGUUUCUGCGAUACUGGAACCGGUGCACGUGGCACCUAUGAUGAUACCAGGCUCAAAGUCUCUUAGGUCACUCGUUUUGCCCAUUCUAACGUUCCAUCGAACAGUAACUGAAUGUUUCAAUGCCUGUCUGCUUGCUUUAUAUAGCAAGCUACGGCCAUGUGACUCACUGUCUGUAGGAGCAAACCAUUUUCGUGAACGGGGUGGACUCCUAAUAAACUGGUCACUGAGUGUAUCUUCCACUUAAGAGGGGAAACAUGGUUUACCACAAAGUACCAUUUUCAAUUUUCCAAAAUGUCUGACACCUGUGUUUUGGAGGAGUGUGUCUGGGUUAUCACUUCAAAUUCUCUUCAGCAGUGGACUUGAGUGGCACAAACUGACUUUUCUUUGCCUUUUUCUCUCCCUUGCCUAAUUGACAACAGGACCCAUGAACAAUGGGGCGGAGCGUGACAUGGGUAAGUAGACACUAACUGACCAUCACAGAACCUUUCAGCAUUUAUCUUACUGAUUUGGCAGUAUUGCAUCCACCUGAAAUCAUUUUGUUGCAUUGAUCUUGAAGUGGCUUCGCCUAAUGGAUUAUGCUAUGAAUCUGACAUGACAGUGUAAUGGCUGUGUUCAGGCUUGUUUUUAACAGUAGUUAUUUCUGUUCAGGGCGCCCUGAGGAGCAGGAUGACUCUGAGAACAGCACCAUCUACAUCACAGGACUCACGGAAAGCGCAACUCUGGAGGAGAUGGCGAUUUUCUUCAAACACCCUGGACCUAUAAGGGUGAGGAUAUGCUCUGAAACUAAAUAAUUUAAACCUGUAUUAGGUCUAAUGCAUUCCAGUGUUUCCACUGUAUUCAUCUAGCAGCGGUGCACCGCAACUGCUAAAUUCUUGCCACAAACAUUUGUUUUUAAAAUUCCAAAUUGUUUGCAUAGUCAACUUACACACACUUACCCCACCAGACAUGCCACCAGGGUUCUUUUCACAGUCCCCAGGUCCAGAACAAAUUCAAGGAAAUGUAUCGUAUUAUACAGAGCCAUGAGUGCAUGGAACUCCCUUCCAUCUUAUAUAGCGCUAGGAAACAGCAAACCUGGUUUCAAAAAACAAAUAGAGCAACACAUCACGGCACAACGCCUCUCCCCCAUACUUGUGUGUAUGUACUGACGUACUGUAUGUGUACAGUAUGCACACUACAUGUUCAUGUUUUUAAACAUAUGUGAAGUCUUUUGUCUGUAAUGUCAUUUUUUGUGUUCAGACCCCAGUAAGACUAGCUGUCGGCUAAUGGGGAUCCUAAUAAAUGAAAACCACACCCACAUUUUUUCAUUUAAAAAGUAAUAAUUUGGUAUGGAAAACCACUCUGGUGUAAACUACAAUGACGAAACCCAGACAAUGUAUGUAGAAAAGAUAAUACACUUGUUUAUAUACACACACACAACCAGUCAAAAGUUUGGACACCUACUCAAGGGUUUUUCUUUAUUUGUACUAUUUUCUACAUUGUAGAAUAAUAGUGAAGACAUCACACCUGAAAUAACACCUAUGGAAACAUGUAGUAACCAAAAAAGUGCUAAACAAAUCAAAAUAUAUUUGAGAUUCUUCAAAUAGCCACCCUUUACCUUGAUGACAGCUUUGCACACUCUUGGCAUUCUCAUUGUCCUGUUGAAAAAUAAAUUAUAGUCCCAAUAAGCCCAAACCAGAUGGGAUGGCGUAUCGCUGUGGUAGCCAUGCUGGUUGUGUGCCUUGAAUUCUAAAUAAAUCACAGACAGUGUCACCAGCAAAGCACCCCCACACCAUAACACCUCCGCAAUGCUUUACACAUGCGGAGAUCAUCCGUUCACCCACACUGCAUCUUACAAAGACACAGAGGUUGGAACCAAAAAUCUAAUUUGGACUCAUCAGACCAAAGGACAAAUGCCCACCGGUCUAAUGUCCAUUGCUUGUGUUUCUUGGCCCAUGCAGGUCUCUUUUUCUUAUUGGUGUGGUUUCUUUGCAGCAAUUUGACCAUGAAGGCCUGAUUCACGCAGUCCCCUCUGAACAGUUGAAGUUGAUGUGUCUGUGGCUUGAACUCUGAAGCAUUUAUUUGGGCUGCAAUUUCUGAGGCUGCUAACUAAUAAAUGUAUCCUCUGCAGUAGAGGUAACUCUGGGUCUUCCAUUCCUGUGGCUGUGAGAGCCAGUUUCAUCAUAGCGCUGGAUGGUUUUCGCGACUGCACUCUUAAUGUUCCGUAUUGACUGACCUUCAUGUCUUAAAGUAAUGGACUGUCGUUUCUCUUUGCUUAUUUGAACUGUUCUUGCCAUAAUAUGGACUUAGCCCUAUUUGGUAAUAUACCAUCUUCUGUAUACACAAUACAACUGAUUGGCUCAAACGCAUUAAGAAGGAAAGAAAUUCCACAAAUUAACUUUUUAAGGCACACCAGUUAAUUGAAAUGCAUUCCAGGUAACUACCUCAUGAAGCUGGUUGAGAGAAUUCCUAGAGUGUGCAGCGGGUGGCUAUUUGAAGAAUCUCAAAUAUAAAAUAUAUUUUGAUUUAAUAGUUUUUGGUUACUACAUUAUUCCAUAUGUGUUAUUUCAUAGUUUUGGUCUUCCCUGUUAUUCUACAAUGUAAAAAGAAAGAAAAACCCUUGAAUCUGUAGGUGUGUCCAAACGUUUGACAGGUAUUGUGUGUGUAUGUAUAUAUAUAUAUAUAUAUAUAUAUAUAUAUAUAUAUAUAUAUAUAUAUAUUGCUCAAAAAAAUAAAGGGAACACUUAAACAACACAAUGUAACUCCAAGUCAAUCACACUUCUGUGAAAUCAAACUGUCCACUUAGGAAGCAACACUGAUUGACAAUACAUUUCACAUGCUGUUGUGCAAAUGGAAUAGACAACAGGUGGAAAUUAUAGGCAAUUAGCAAGACACCCCCAAUAAAGGAGUGGUUCUGCAGGUGGUGACCACAGACCACUUCUCAGUUCCUAUGCUUCCUGGCUGAUGUUUUGGUCACUUUUGAAUGCUGGCGGUGCUUUCACUCUAGUGGUAGCAUGAGAUGGAGUCUACAACCCACACAAGUGGCUCAGGUAGUGCAGCUCAUCCAGGAUGGCACAUCAAUGCGAGCUGUGGCAAGGUUUGCUGUGUCUGUCAGCGUAGUGUCCAGAGCAUGGAGGCGCUACCAGGAGACAGGCCAGUACAUCAGGAGACGUGGAGGAGGCCGUAGGAGGGCAACAACCCAGCAGCAGGACCGCUACCUCCGCCUUUGUGCAAGGAGGAGCAGGAGGAGCACUGACAGAGCCCUGCAAAAUGACCUCCAGCAGGCCACAAAUGUGCAUGUGUCUGCUCAAACAGUCAGAAACAGACUCCAUGAGGGUGGUAUGAGGGCCUGACGUCCACAGGUGGGGGUUGUGCUUACAGCCCAACACCGUGCAGGAUGUUUGGCAUUUGCCAGAGAACACCAGGAUUGGCAAAUUCGCCACUGGCGCCCUGUACUCUUCACAGAUGAAACAGGUUCACACUGAGCACACGUGACAGAGUCUGGAGACGCCGUGGAGAACGUUCUGCUGCCUGCAACAUCCUCCAGCAUCGGUGGGUCAGUCAUGGUGUGGGGUGGCAUUUCUUUGGGGGGCCGCACAGCCCUCCAUGUGCUCGCCAGAGGUAGCCUGACUGCCAUUAGGUACCGAGAUGAGAUCCUCAGACCCCUUGUGAGACCAUAUGCUGGUGCGGUUGGCCCUGGGUUCCUCCUAAUGCAAGACAAUGCUAGACCUCAUGUGGCUGGAGUGUGUCAGCAGUUCCUGCAAGAGGAAGGCAUUGAUGCUAUGGACUGGCCCGCCCGUUCCCCAGACCUGAAUCCAAUUGAGCACAUCUGGGACAUGUCUCGCUCCAUCCACCAACGCCACGUUGCACCACAGACUGUCCAGGAGUUGUAGGGCUCAUCAGGAGCAUGCCCAGGCGUUGUAGGGAGGUCAUACAGACACGUGGAGGCCACACACACUACUGAGCCUCAUUUUGACUUGUUUUAAGGACAUUACAUCAAAGUUGGAUCAGCCUGUAGUGUGGUUUUCCACUUUAAUUUUGAGGGUGACUCCAAAUCCAGACCUCCAUGGGUUGAUACAUUUGAUUUCCAUUGAUAAUUGUGAUUUUUGUCAGCACAUUCAACUAUGUAAAGAAAAAAGUAUUUAAUAAGAUUAUUUCAUUCAUUCAUAUCUAGGAUGUGUUAUUUUAGUGUUCCCUUAAUUUUUUUGAGCAGUGUAUAUAUGUAUGAAUUCUUUUAUUAAUUAAAAAAAAUAAAAAUAGAAAUCAUCAAAAUAAAAGACAGCCAGGGAGAAGCAAAAAUUUCAGAAAAAAAUGAAUUUAGGAUUAUUUUGGGCAUGUCUGGAUUACUGACGCAAGGUACAUGCCCAGGGGCCCUGAUUUGGGGUCCCCAUUUGAUGUUAUAAUAUUUAAGCAAAAUGCGUAGAAUUGCAGGAAAUUAGCUUUCACACUACAAAAUUCUCUCAGCUCCAUGGAAAAAUGUAUAGAAUUGCAGGAAAUUGUCUGAGUAACAGCACACUUUUUUUCUCUGCUGCCAAUUCCGGACAGAUUCAACCCCUUUUGCGACCGUUUCCACCACGGCAUAAAUAAAUAGGGGAAACACUGCAUUCCUUUAGUCUUUCCCAAAUAAUGCUUUUAUUUAGGGCCAGUGCUAAUCUCUUGUAUUCUCAUUUAAUUGGAGGUUUGAACAGUUUUAGAAAUGCUAUCAAAAAUUGGCAACUGCAUAUAGCUGUCAACAGUGUGGUAGUUUGACCUUUGAGUGAUUUUUAAUUCCUGUUAUUGUUCAGAUGAACCGGAGGUUGGGCAAGCCUGCCAUCAACAUCUACACAGACAAUGAUUCCGGGAAGCCUAAGGGAGACGCCACUCUGUCCUACGAGGAGCCCCUCUGUGCCAAAGCUGCUGUGGAGUUCUUUGAUGGUUGGUGUCACUCGCCCUUUUAAACCUGCAUCAGCCUACUCUCUGAUGCUACCCUUGAACUGUCCAGAUUAAUGCAUAAAUGCACUUUAGAAUACAAGAAAUGACCAGUAACUCAUUUCUCUCUCCAUUUCUAUUUAUUCCUGUUUCCUUCUGUUCAUGAUCUCCACAGGGAAAGAGUACCAGGGCAAGAGGCUGAAGGUGUCCAUGGCUCGCCGUAAGCCCAUGAUGGGUGGGAUGAGAGGGGGCAUGCCCAUGAGGGGUGACAUGAUGGGCCGUGGAGGACCUGGAGGUAAAUGUACAACUGUUUCUUUGUGAGACUUACAUUUUCAAUUUUGAACAAGAAAGUAUAAGUUGUCCGACAUUGCCAUGACCAUGAAGUGAAAUAUUGAAACAACCGCUGGUGUGUGUGUUAUUAGGCAUGAUGGGCCGUGGAGGAGAGCGUGGAGGUUUUGUCCCACGAGGGGGACCACGUGGCAUGGGCAGAGGUGGGCCAGGGGGCCCAGGUGGCAACAUACAGCAGAGAGCUGGAGACUGGGAGUGCCCCAGCCAGUAAGUACCUCUCAAGAAAAAGGGUUUUCCCUUUCCCCUUUUAAAAAUUAACUUUCCCGUUUUUUUUGUGUGUAACACGUACUGACUGAAUGGUUGUCCUUCUCAGGGGCUGUGGCAACCAGAACUUUUCCUGGAGGAUGGAGUGUAACCAGUGCAAAGCUCCCAAACCAGAGGGCUUUGGGCCCCCUUCAGGUAUGGCUCUCACCGGCACAGCAGCACUAUUAUCAGGGCCUGGUUCAUAACUCUAGACAGGAAUCAUUAUAACAAAGUGUUAUUUGAGCAACAAGGGCUGAUUUACCUUCCCUAUUUCACAUAUUUUAAUGCUUGAAAUGUAAACAGCCAAAUCAAACAAACAGGUUUAUCACCUUGACUUCGGGGUCCAUGCUUAGCGGUUGUACUUGAUUAGUGUCAACUCUGGGGGAAACAUGAAAUCAUCCAUGUGCAGCAGUCGGCUUACUGUAAUGGAAAGCUUUGGCAUUGGAGGGGAAUGUUCUGUGUUCACUUGGAAUGCCACUUGUGUUUCCCUCCCUGUGAAGUACUCCAUGAUAUGAAGUUCAAAGUAGUCUUUGACGUUUGGACUUUCCUGGUACUAUCAUUACCAGCAGCCCAAAUUAUAUCACAGCGAUCUACACUGUAGCAUAUGAUGUAUGUCUACAAUAGUCUGUGGUGGCAAGCUUAACUGGGCCUUGUGUGGUUUUGUUCAGGUGGUGAGCGAGGCAGGGGUGGCAUGGGGAUGCGUGGGGGCAGAGGGAUGGACCGUGGCGGACCAGGAGGGCCCGGUGGUCCUGGAGGCUUCCGUGGAGGAUGGGGAGGUGAUCGUGGCGGUGGCUUCAGAGGGCGUGGUGGAAUGGACCGAGGGGGAUUCCGAGGGGGUAGCAGGGGAGGACCACCGAUGGACAGAGGAAGAGGAAUGGGGAGAGGAGGAAUGGGAGGGCCCCCAGGCAAGAUGGAUAUGAGGUAAGGGGAUAUGUUGGACUGCUUUCAUCAUACUCAAAUAUUAUUUGCUUACUUAAUGUAUGUUCGUUAGACACUAAAUUACUGUUUUUCCUCUCAUAGGGACCAUCGCCAGGAACGCAGAGACCGACCCUACUGAAAGAAAGCAAUUAAAAUGUUCGCUCUGAUGCAGGAUUUGAUUUUUUUAAAUGAAAUUUUUAAUUUAUGAUUCCAUAUUAUAAAUGGUUAUAGAACUGCUUUUGAAAUACUCUGGUGCAGUUUCAUUCAAGUCGUAGUUAAACGUUUUAUGUUUUUUAGUUUUGUUUACCCUUGGUUCAUUUAUUGACUUGUGCAAGUUUAUUUUUGCAUUUCUUAGAUGUACAGACUGAUUUUUGGACAGUGUAUUGUAAAACAUGACACGUUUCUUUUAAAAUUGUAAUUGCUUCUCCUUCCCACAGUUGUGUAAUGAUCAAUUUUGAAAAUAAAAUUUCCACUCCGAUUUGAUGCUAAGAGA